AUGGACGCCGUGAUCGACGAGCUCACCGCGAGGCUCGCGGCGGCGGCCUUCUACGGCGACGGCGACGGCGACGCGCGCGUCUUCGUCGGCAUCGCGGGUUCGCCGGGCUCCGGGAAGAGCACGCUCGCGUCGGCGGUCAGGGACAGGCUCAACGCCGCGGCGGGGGCCGAGGUGUGCGUCGUGUUCCCCAUGGACGGCUUCCACUACUAUCGAUCGCAGCUCGCGGACCCCGACAUGUUCCCGGAUCCCGACGAGGCGCGCGCGAGGCGCGGCGCGCCGUGGACCUUCGACGCGCGCGCCUUCGUCGAUCGCGUCCGAGCCGCGCGAGCGAACGACGGCACAGCCGGCGCCGACCCGACCCGAGUCCCCGCGUUCGACCACGAGGUGCACGACCCGGAGGAGGACGCCAUAGACAUCUACCCGACCCACAAGGUGAUCCUCGUCGAGGGCAACUACCUGCUGCUGACUGACGAGCCGUGGAGGGAGCUGUGGGACGGCGACGGGGCGUUGCUGGACGAGCGAUGGUUCGUGGCGACGACUGUGGACGACGCGAUGGCUCGGGUGACGCGGCGGCACGUGGCGGUGGGGCGGACGCCGGAGGAGGCCAAGGCGAGGGCGGACGGGAACGACAGGCCGAACGGGGAGCUGGUGUGGGCCAGCAGGGGCAACGCGGACGUCAUCGUGCCCUCGUACGAGUGGGAGGGUGCGAAGACGUGA